GCUUUAGACUGGGGUUUAUUGCCACUUUUUACAAGCCAGAGACUUCUUUCAGCUGAAUGUGACUCUUUGACUCCACAUUGCCAUUUUCGAUUUAUUUUGCAGGUGAUGCCAGUGACCCUGGAUGAGGGGCACAUUGCUCUGUAACUAACCCUUGAGACGAACCUGACAGUUGUUUCCCUUCAAAACAUAUUAAGCCCCAUUUUCCUUGGCAGCCUGAGUGGAUGUAUGUAUAAUGUGAGACACCUACUUAAAUAUGUCCCCCCCUCUCCCUCCUCUUCUUCCUCCUCCACCUCCCACUUUUUCCUCCCUCUCUCUCUUUUAUCCAUUUCUCCACGUGGUACAGGAGUAAAGGCGGGGGGUGAAAGAGGGGCAUUGUGCUGUGCAGCAGUGGAUCCGGGGGUUCAUAGUGAGAGAGGGGAGAUGCUCACUCAACUGUGUCCAGCACGCCAUUGUCAAAGAUUCCCAUCUAUUCUCUGCCUUUUAAAUAGAGCUCCAGUGUAAGAUGCUUUUUUUUGAGGGGGGAGUAAGUGGGGGGGUUAUUAUGUGCCUGGUGAUAACACACGAAAUACAUGCAUGAAUGUGGAAUGGUUGUGUGGCCCCUCUUGCACACAACAGGCACUCGCUGCAGUGCUGUAGAUAAUUGGCCCUAUGAAAAUCAAAGGGAAAUAUCGCCUGAUCGCCGCUCAUCCCUCACAAUAAUUCGUGUUUUUGUGUCAUCACCUGUCUCUCAAUCACUUUUACGAUCACAUCUUUAUUUUCCACGAUGCAGAGUUUUUAAAAAAAUCAGAUCAUCUCACUUUUUAGUCCCUCUCAGCACGAUCACGUGAUCCAUAACUCACCUGUUAGACUGUUUUCAAACAUGUUAUUGCAUCCUUCUUUGAAUCCACUCCCUCCAUCUUUUUCCUCCAUCAAAAAGAGACAAAUCACAUCAAUCCAAACGUGUUUUAGAGAUCCAACAGCUCUGACACCUUCUUGUCAUGUUUUAUUGAAAGUUUAUAGCUGCUGAGAGAGUGUGUAAAGACAAAAUAAAGCUGGGGGAGAAAGAGAAAGAGGGAACCAGGGAGGCUGUGUGUUACACGCUAUUGAAAUGCAAAUAUCAUUGAAGAACAAGGAGUGGUUCUGUGUGUGUGCAUGGUGUGUGUUUGCAUGAGUGUGUGUGCUCCCUGUAUGUGCAUGCAGCGGGGCAGCAGUGGGAGAGGAGGGGCGCAAAUUUGGACAAGUUUUUUUUGGGGGGGAGAGGAGACUUUAGAGCAGCCACACACGCACUCACUGUGGCUUCAUAUGACACUGCUGCUGAGCGGAUAUCCAAACGCCCAUGUUUGCUCUUGGAGUUCUUUUUUUUACACUUAAAAGUCACCAGACACGUUAUUUAGAAUUUCCCUCUCAAUACAAAGGGGUUGGGGAGUUUGGUAACUUCUGAACUUCACAUGCGUGGAUGGUUUCUGGAGCGCUUUCCAAGUGCGCAAAAACGUGCCUGGUGCCAUUCGACCGACUGAUGCCCCCCUCUCUGUCUGACUCGCCGUGAAUCAUGUCACGCCGGAAGCAGAAGCGACCCCAGCAUCUUGUUAACGCGGAUCCGGGAGGCCCACGGCUGCUAUCUCACGGUGAGUAAACAUCUUUACGGGCGUGCAUGCAUUUGAUCUCGAGAUUUGUAGUGAUAUGGCCACCAUCCUGAUCCUGCAGGCUGCAAAGUGAAUCCAUUCUUCUCUUAACUUUUCUUAGACAAAGUUUGUGUUACGGUUCAACAUGCACCCUCGGUCAUUUCUGACUCUAUGUUAAGGCACUUGAUUUAUCUAAUGUUAAAAAAAAUCAAAGUUAGUCAACUCAAGACACCCCUCCUAGCUUUGUCACUGACAAUAAUGGGCCCCACUAAACGACUCUCUGGUUGGGGCCAAUAAACUUGUCCCUGUGAAGUGAAUGGAGUAGGAUUAACUAACGUACAUCUGUGGCCAUUUUCAUGUGUUGUUCCUCCGUCAGGAAACCAACAGGCUGCUCAGUGCUGGCUGCUGGAGGUCUUUGAUUAGUAUAGAGCCCUCUCUUAUUUGUUAACAAUAAGGUGCAUGGUUGGGGGGAGGGGGUAGGCAGUGUUUUUGGUAAAGAUUAAUCUUCCACCCGUCUAUUCUCUUCGUCUUACUUUUAGCUCAUGCCUUUCUCUCUUAUGCACCCCUCUUCCCCCGUUUUCCUCAUUCUCACCACUUCCCUCCCCCCUGUCUUUCUCCCUCUUUCUCGCCCCUAGUCCUAUUGACUGUAUACCCCUACACACUUUGAGGGGGGUAGAUGGAUGAGGGGAAAAAAGGAUUCAGAGAGAAUAGAAACAUAGCUCUUGCACUUGUUCUGAUUUGUGAUAGACUUAGUCUUCAAUUGCACGCAUCUAAGCUGCUCUGCAGGUAAACGUUCCCUCAUGAAAGUUAACUUCAGCAGACAAGUUCCAGUUUUCUCCAGGUUCAGGUUUGAUUUUCAUUGACACAAAAAGAGAUUUCACAGAGGUACAGUCUUUCAUUCCAUCACUAUAUCUCUCUAGGAGGGAAUAGUUAGUUUGUCUCCCCAUUGUUGUUACCCUCCCCCCUUCUUUCUCUUUUUACUCUUUCUCACUCUGUGCUCAAGAUUCUGAAAGAAUUUGACCCCUGAGCUGCAGAGGUCAGAUAAGUUGACCAAUCAGAGUGUCUGGACAGUGCCCAGAACCCUUAGCGUGGCCUGACCCUUGACCUCCACUGUGACGUAAGGGGGGAAGGGUGAAUAGGGAGAUGAAAGACGUAACUGCAGUAAGGCGGGGGUGGGUUAAGAGGGGUUAUGGGUUGUCUUGGUGAUGCCCAUUGUCCUCUAAAAUGUGUUGCCAUAGCAGCAAGGUGGUCUGUAAGCUUUUUUGUGUGCGCAAGAUGUUUGAGGAGUUUUGCUCCGGAGAGCACAGAUUGAGACAAGACAUUACAGAGACUGAUAGACUUCAGAGGAUCUGCCACUUAUUUAUCUUGUCAAAGCAGGUAUUUCUUUUGUAGUCACCAGAUCCUAAAGUUUGUAUGCAAAUGUCAAUAAUUUUAUACAACUUCAAGAUUGGAUGAGUUCCCAUCCCUCGAUUUUUGGGUUAAUUUAGCAGUUUGUAAAAGAAAACAAAGCAUAAAGACAUCGCUUUGAUUGUUUUCCCUUCUUUUUGUCAAUCCUCAGAUGAACACCUGGGCAUGAAGUCACCAUCCACCUCUCUUGGCUCAGAAGUGACCUCAUCAGGAUCCUCAUCCUCCUCCCCCACCUCUCUCCAGGACUGCCAGCCGCCUCUGGCCCCUCGCCCAUCCCCUGGUGGGCUCCACGCGCCCUCCUUACCCAGCGAGAGCUCGCCUCCUCCUCACUGGCCCAGCCACAUUGCCCCCUUUACCACCUCUCUUCCAAACACCCACUCUUCUCUCUCACCAGACUUUCCUCACCCCUCGCUGUCAUCCCAGACCCACUCACCACCUCCCCUGAGCCAAAACUCAGGUUCCAACAGUUUGCCCCAUCAAGGGAACUCCCACCCUCACUCCACAAUGACCUCCCCACCAAUGGGCAGCUCAGCCACAACCACUACCUCCUCUUCCUCCUCCUCCUCUUCUCAGUGUGCACCACCUCACCGCGACAGUUCUAGUCCACGUCAGCGGCAGACCUCUGGCUCACCAGCAGAGCAGGGACAGAUCCAGGUGCCGCCAACUUUGGCAGUACUCCUUGAGGAGCUGAGGGUUUUACAGCAAAGGCAGAUCCACCAGAUGCAGAUAACAGAGGAGAUUUGUCGGCACGUCCUCAGGCUUGGGGGGGCAGUUUUUGGUCAAGAGAACAACACACAGGCAAGUGGUGCAGACACAAAUCAGAAGUCUACUGGAGCUGCAUCAUCGUCUCCAACUCACCCCUCCACUGCCACACCAGUAACCACAGCAGCAUCACUUUUGGGUGGUCUCCCAUCAUCCCUUUUCCCCCAGUCAUCUGUUCCCAAAUCAGGUGCUUCACAUGUCAAUGGUAGCAGAGCUUCAUCCUCCUCUACCUCAUCUUCAUUGACUCCCUCAUCCCUUGCAUCUUCUAUCAGCUCCACUGUUGCCUCCCUGCACCCUCUGUCCCUGUCAUUAGGCCUCCCACCUCGCUACCUCCAUGAGAAAUCAUCCAACACCUCCUCAUUUGCUCAUAGCAAUGGGAUCAGUUUCCCCACUCCUCCCCUUCCAACCACCAGCCAUUCCCAGGAUCUCCAGCCCAGCUCCUCUCUGGGCUCAGCCUCCUCUUCAGGGCGCCCUCAACAUGUGUGCCGUUUUUGUGGGAAGGUGUUAAGCAGUGAUUCGUCACUCCAGAUUCACUUGAGAUCACACACAGGUGAAAGGCCCUACCAGUGCCCAGUCUGUUUGAGCCGAUUUACUACAAGAGGGAAUCUCAAAGCCCACUUUCUGCGACACAGAGAGCAGAACCCUGAGCUGUCCCUCUCCCUGCUGCCCCCAGCGUUAUCGGAGCAAGCACAAAGCAGCUCUCCCUCUGGUACCAUCCAGAGAAGGAGAAAGCGUCGUGCUGAUGAUGAUGAGCCUUUCAAUGGAAUAAAAGGAAGUAUUCCUGGAGUGACAGAGAACAUGGCCUUGGGUUUCCUGUCUAGUGCGUCCACUCGGCCUUCACCUUCCUCUCUACCUCUGCCCCCUUCAGUGGACAUGGCAUUGCUGUCCACUGCCCACUCACUUCUACAGCUAAACAGAGCCUCGGCUGCAUCUGCUGCCAGCGUAUCAAGCACUGUGUUACCUUCAUCAUCUUCAUCCUCAUCUUCCUCCUCCUCAAUGAGCAGUCAGUUCAAAGGAGCAAAGCAGCAGAGAUUUGAUGAAAACACACCUCCUCACUCCACCCUCCAUACAACCUCCCCUUACUCCCAACUAGCUCAGCUACCCAAGAUUCUCUUCCCUGGUGGUACCUCUCCUCACCAUCUUGCACUUCUACGACCCCCAGGCCACCCAUCCACCUCCCACCUCACUUCUCCCCAUCAGUUACCCUUCCCCUUUCCACCUUUCCCCAAACCAUCAACCUCUUCCCCCUCUUCAUCCUCUCCUACCACCUCUAGCCAGACCUCUGACACCUCCAAGUUGCAACGCCUGGUACAGAAACUUGAAAAGCAGCCACAGGGAGGUGCCUCUUCGUCCUCCACCUCGACAAACUCUGCAGAAGCCAAUGGGGAUACUCACGGCCAUGACCUGACCACCACCUCAAGUGCAUAUCGCAGGGAAAUGUUAGCUGCUCUUGGCCUAAGCCCAAGUGCCAAUGCGUCUGGACUGAUUACCAGCCAAGGGGCCUCAGGUUCUGGCACCACAACAACUAAGACUACCCCCUCCCUGCCCACCGCUCAGGCUGCUAAUCAGUGUGGAGUGUGUCUGCGGGUCCUCAGCUGUCCAAGAGCUCUGCGAUUGCACCAGGCCACACAUCUGGGAGAGCGCCCUUUCCCUUGCAAGUUAUGUGGUCGAUCAUUCUCCACAAAGGGUAGCCUGAGGGCUCACUUGGCAACUCACCGUGCAAGACCGGCCAACUCCCGUGCCUUAAACUCCUGCCCCCUGUGCCCACGCAAGUUCACCAAUGCCUUGGUUCUUCAGCAUCAUAUACGGUUGCAUCUAGGAGGGCAGUUACCUCCUGAUGAAGACAUGCCUCCUGAGGAUGGCUCAGAAAUGCAGAAUGCUAUCUUCAAUGAUGGGGAAAAUGACUCCACCGGCUCAACAGCACAAAUCCUCCCACUAGCCUUAACAACAAACUCCAAGUCCUCAAUUGAUACCCCUAGUGCAGGGUCUACUUCCAAGCAAUCAACAGCUGCUGAUGCUACUUCUGUGAAGACAGAGGAAUCAGAGGGCUCAACACCAAGUGUUAGCCCACCCCUGACCCGUAAUCCUCCCUCAACAGGAGCUGAAGACCCCCUGCGUCUAGGAGACAACACCCAAACUGAUGGUAGCCCCAUGAACGGCUCAAUUUAUUCUGAAGAGGAGGCCCAUACUGACCUGGGAAGCCCUUUCAAAGCACCCAUCGGCAGUUCUCAUUCAGCAGUGAAUGGAGAUGCAGAAGCUGAUGACACACCUCUUUCUCUCUGUGUUUCCAAGCCUGGGGAAGAAAAUGAUGUGCAGCAUAAAGGAAUAAAAAAUGACGAGGCCUGUUCAUUAAACAAACCCUCAACAAGUCUUGAUUCCAACCCCAAGCCUGCAAAUCCCUUAGCCCCACUCACGCCUCCUUCUAGCCCAAAAGCUGUCUCUGAAGCAGAGGAGGCUGGUGGAAGUAAAGCACAGGAGGCACAAGACAAAGGGGCAACCCAGAGCAAAAGCAAGAUUGAGACUGCCACACCCAGGAAGUCAGUGCCAGUAUUGGAUACAGAGCCAGAGCCAGAGAGUGACAUGCAAAUGGAGGAGGGUUACAGCAUGCCGGAAAAGCCUUCGGAGGACCAGGAGUCCUCUGUGACAGCACAAGCACUGGACACCCAGCUUCCUCGCCCUGACAAACCCUACAGCUGCACUGAGUGUGGAAAGGCAUACGCCAGCCGUAGCGGACUUAAGGUAAGACUUGCAGACAAUGCUGUCAACUGUUCUUGAGCAUUGAUUGUGUAAGAGGGAGAAACCUAUUUAUGAAGUUUUUUGACUGAAUAGUUGAGAGUAAACCCUUAUUGUGUUGUUUCCCCCCUUUGACAGGGUCAUAUGAAAACUCACCCUGGAGCACUGACCAAUAAUCCCUCCAAGGCUCAGACCAAUGACAAAGACAAUGAGGAGAACCACACUUCAACUUCAGCCAAUAAUGACCAGGAAAAGCAGGAAGAAGAGCUGGGAUUGGCUAAAUCCCCCAAGAAAGGUGAUAGCACAGAACCUCCACCAGUCAGUGUUGUUUCUAGUGAGGCUGACGAGCCAAUGGACACUACUGUGUAGAGUUAGUAUCUCUAAGGGUCCUGACAAGGGAAUGUAUUUUUUAAUGGAAGAUGUAGUUUUUGGAGUCAUUAAUUCUAAUUCAUGUUUACCUUUUGUAUUAGGAAGAUAGUUUUAGUUUGUAUUGUAGAAAUAUGACAAAAGAUAUUUGAAUGUAGUAUUUUAGAAAUGUAUUUUUGUAUUUCAAAGACCACAGUGAGGCCUUAUCUUACAUUCUUCAUAGCAUUGUUUCAAUGAGAAUUAAGUUUUUGCGCUUUUUUUCAGCACAUACUGUAUGAUAUCAAACAACCAGCGUAAGCUGGGUUGGAUAAGACGGACGGUCCAGAUUUUUGCAUGAUGAACUCCAUACCAAAACAGGCCAGAGUAAUAAUGGCCAACAUUUGUAUUUGUAAAUACAAGCUGCGGUACAUUUUAUGCUUUUAAUUGUUACUUUCUUCCUUACAUUUGUAAUGCCAUGCUGCUAAAAGCAUGUUUCUGUGUACUGUGUUGCACUGUGAGUUGCACUGUGUCCUGUGCUGACAAAACAACAAUUUGUAGAAGAACGUUAGCGAAUGACUCAGCAACUAUUUUCCUCUGAUGUCACUUCCAGGGUUAGAGGCUCAAAUUCACUCUGUUAAGUCAAAAGUGUGAGCUGUAUGUAUUCAGGGUAUCUUGCAAAGUGUUCAUUUUAGCACAUUAAGCUAACUCAGCGGCUGAAAAAAGGAAAACAUUAGAAAAUUCUGAGGGGAAAGUGGCCAUGUUCAGAGUAAAAGAAUAACAUAUGAUGCAAUAAGAUAAUAAAGACAGUUAAAAAAAGACACCUGUUCAUUUAACAGCAGAACAAAUGUGAGCUCUUCACCCUGAUUGUGCUGCCAGAGGAAAAUGACGCCAAUGGAACUUAAGCUAAUGAAUAUGAUGGAGGAUUUGGGCCAAAUGAAGAAAAAGUGAGAUUCCUAAAGUGGUGUCACAGUUUUACAAGAAUAAAGUCAUAGAAGAAAAAAAUUUGAGAAAAAGUGAAAAAGUACAGGGAUGAAUUUUUAAGUCCGAGAGAUAAAACCUAAACAUUUUGAAGAAUACAAUUGGGAUUUUAUAAGAAAUAAGUCUGGUUAUGGGUACUUCAUAUGUAAGGCAACAAAUAGUUGAGGAUAAAUAGCGGUUGCUGAAAUCUGCUCAGGCGGCCCAUUAGUCUAUUCUCUAUUUUAAGGGAGACUCAGUUUUUUUUGGCACAGGAUCCUAAAACUUCUGACAAUGUGGCAUUAUUGUGCAAAAAGACUGUGCUAUGUAUGAAAAAUAAACUUAAAGCUCCUGUGAGGAACUUUCUGUUUUUGUCAAUGAUGGCUCUCCCUGUGGGCAGUCUUUGCCCUCUACAAACUAAAGUAGUGUCAUCUCUCUCUGAUAGUUUAAUGUGAGUAUUUUAAAUGACAGAUGUGAAAACAUGGCUGUUCCUUCAGCUGCUUGGCUGACAGGUAUCCUCUUGCAGAGAUUUUAGACUUUAGCUUUAAGUCUAGCUCUAAGGUUGUCCCAUUUCUUUAUUUUAGCACAGGCAGCUGCUCUCCUCAAUCACAUUAAAAAAUCGUAAAGGCAGACCAUAAGUUAGUUAUGACUUUUUCUCAUGAAUGUAUGACUUUACUUUCUAAACCUCAAACUUUUUUCUUCUAUAACGUGGCCCUGAUGCUCCGUCAUAAAUAAUAACCAUGAAAACACUGAUAACAUUAAAAGGUGAUGACUGUGUCAGAUUAUCAGUACUUCUGUGAACAUUCCUGUACUUAUAGCUGUAAACUUUUGCUCACAGCUGAUUACUUAUGAUUGUAAAUGGUCUUUCUUGUUGUUGAAAUCCAUAACAAGGACGGACCAUGUCCAUUAUAGCUCCCCUCUCCUUUAUUUCUCCCUCCCCCCUCCUCCCCCAGCUCUUCUCUCUCAAAGCACUUGAGAGUUUUCUGCUCCUGCAGAAAUUGUCUACGCUCACUGCAUUCCUGCUCUGCCCAGUUUAGUAUUUGUAUGCUUUGCUUUUCCCUUUGUAAACCCUUUUUUUGUAGCGAUGUUCCCAUGCCUCCCACGUGAUGUAUAAAAGUUAAAUAAAACAAAGGCAAUGAGA